AUGGAGCAGAAAAAGGGAGCCCCUCUACUGUCGUUCAGUUUCCGAUUGAAGUCGCCACUGUCGAUGCAAUUCCCGGUGGUUGCGAAAUCGUUAUUGCAAAACAUGGUGGCUAAAGCAGAUCCACCCCUUUCUGAUGAUGCUCCACUGUUGGGGCAAUCAAUUGCUAUUGAUGAUGUUGCGCACACAAUUGCUGAUGUUGCAGUCUCUGUUGAAGAAACAAAUCAACGAGCCCUCGCUGUGUUACCGCGGGUAGAAGCUGAAGAUGUUGCUACCAUGGCAAAAACCUUAGUCGCACCCCCUUGCAGAAAGCCCACCACGCCGAAAAUGUUAGUCUCGAACCCAGAAGGAUCGACAUCGGGAUUGACAACGUUGGAGAAAAUUGGCAUACUAGUUGACAUUAUUGACAGGCCACCACUUCCCUUAAUCUCUGAAAAGAUGGCGGAAGAAGAAUCUCCGCGGCCUUUUGGCGUCGAUGAUGAAACAGUAUUGCUGCUGCUUAAAGUCUUUGACGCUACUGCUGCCUCAAUUGCCAUUGCUGCCCCAAUGUUGGAGGGGGAUAAAUCAACUCCGCAGAGUAUAGAUAACCGGUGGCAACCGCCGGAGUUCACAGAAGGAAAAGAAAUUCCGACUUCGGAGCAUUCAAGUUCGCAACGGUGCACCGCGUCAGUCGAGACUGUUGCGCUAUCAAAGGACCCUAAAUCACUCUCCCAAUCUGAUCUGAUUGUUUCUGUUUCAAAGGAAGAUGAGUUGAAGUCAAAGUCUCCACAAUUUUCUCCUUCAGAUAAUGAAGUAAUUUUCCCUAAAAAUAGCUCUAAUAACGGCUCUGUAAAAAAGUUAAAUCCUGCUGCUCCGAAAUUUUCUUGUCCUCCUAGUCAACAAAUCCCAGUUCUCCAGGUCUUGCUUCCAAUUUCAGGCCCAAUCUCCGAUAGGAACAAUAAACAAUUCUUCUCCAAAGACGAUACGGAGGUAGAGAAGCAUAUAGUGUCUUUUAACCCAAGUUAUUCUAUUGAAGAAAUACAUUCCGAAGGCGGCCAAAAUCAUGCUUCCAAUGGUUCUGAUGAUGAAGAUUUCGAUAUGAAAUAUGCAAUGGAACAAGAGUUCUUUUACAGUGAAGUUUCUACUCCAACAUAUCACAAUCGAUCAAAAAAAGCUAAGGCUAAAAAGAAAGUUCAAGUUCGUCGGUCUGCUAGAUUGGACAAGGAUUCAACUUUACUUUAA